UGUGUACCAUAUGGACAGGACUCGGGGGUGAAGAUUAAACCCGCUGCAGGUGUUGGAGAUCCUGUGAUGCAUUUGGAAAAGGAUUAGUGACUUGCAUUACUCUCUAAGAAACAGAAAAUGAAUGCAAAUGGAGAUUCUGAUUCGAAAGAAAGUGGAGAAUAUGAAGAUGACUUUGAAAAGGACCUGGAGUGGUUAAUUAAUGAAAAGGAAAAAAGUGAUGCCAGCAUUAUGGAGAUGGCUUGUCAGAAGGAAGAAAAUGUUAUCCAAGAAUCAAAAGAGAAUAAAACAGAAACAGAACACACCAGCCAGGUUUCUGAUUAUGACAGCUGUGUGAAGGAUGAAGUUUCACUCAGAAGCAAUGACAUUAUUUCCGUACCAAGUAUUCAACCCUUAGAUGCAGUCUCAGAUACAGACAGUGAAAACUCUUUCCAGGAAUCCAAACUGGAAGGCCAGAAAGAUCUGGAAGAAGAUGAGGAUGAGGAAGUAAGGAGAUAUAUAAUGGAGAAAAUCAUACAGGCUAACAAGAUUUUACAGAGUCAACCUGUGAAUGAUAAAAGGGAGAGAAAACUGAAAUUCAAAGACAAAUUAGUUGAUCUGGAAGUGCCCCCGUUAGAAGAAGUUGAUACUUCCAGAAAUUAUUUUGACAAUGAAAGUAAUAUGCAUGGAAAGCUGUCACAAUUAUGUAUUUCCAGUGAACUUGGACAUGAAAAUGUGCUCAUGUCAAUUACUGAUGGAAGCUGUGAAGAAAAUAAGGAUGGGAAGAUACUAGUAGAGAGAGAUGGAAAAUUUGAACUUCUCAAUUUACAAGACAUUGAGAGUCAGGGAUUUUUGCCCCCCAUUAAUAAUGCUAAUAAUACAGAAAAAGACCCUCAGCAGUUGUCACUCAGGUCCCGCAACUCUUCUGUCAGUGGUGUCAAGAAAGAAGAGUCUGCAGUGAUCAUUUCUGCUGCUAGUCACGCAUCAACAGGAGAGGCGCUGGCUUACGUCCCUCAGCCACCACCCAACCCCAGCACUCGUCCAGGCUCUGUCGCCUGCUCAGACCGCAGCAAAGGAAGUUGGAGAUCUAAUCAGAGGACACAGUCUGCAAAUGCAUCUCCAAUGACCUCAACAUACUGUCUCUCCCCCCGACAGAAAGAACUGCAAAAACAACAGGAACAAAAGAAGGAAAGGCUGAAGAGAGAGGAAGAACAACGGAAAAUAGAAGAAGAGAAAGAAAGGAAAAAAGAGAAUGAUGUGGUAUUUAAAGCAUGGUUGCAAAAGAAAAGAGAGCAGGUUCUAGAAACAAGAAGAAUUGAGCGAGCAAAACAAAUUGAAGACAUGAACAGUAGAGAAAACAGAGAUCCACAACAAGCCUUUCGAUUAUGGCUUAAAAAGAAACAUGAAGAGCAGUUGAAAGAAAGAAAGACAGAAGAACUGAGAAAGCAAGAGGAAUGCUUAUUCUUUCUUAAAGGAACAGAAGGCCGUGAAAAGGCCUUCAAACAGUGGCUAAGAAGGAAACGGAUGGAAACAAGAGCAGAGGAGCAGGCAGCCAAAGAGAGAGCGCGACAGCUCCGCCUGGAGGCAAGACGUUCUAGACAGUUACAGAACCACCUGUAUGAUAUGUCCGAAGCCAAGUGUUUUCGUUUUACUGAUCAUUACAACUGAGGACAUCCGUCUAUGGAAUGUCUUAUGCGACAGCUGCUCUCAUCAGGAUUUUGUAUAUCAUUUCUUAUUGCCUGUGUGCUUUGGUUAUAUUCUAAAUUAUGGAAAUGAUGUUUAUGUUUGGGUGUUAACAGUGAAUUUAUGGCUCUUAAAAUACUCUAGAACAAAAUAAACUUCUCUCACAGUG